CUUAAUUUCAAUUUUAAACAUUGGUUAAGAAAAUUAUUUUUUCUACCAAAUUCUUUCUUCUCCAUCUUUUUGGUGGCUCUAUUCUCCUGUUAGAUCCUAUCGGGUAGUUUGUCCAUUGUUGCUUGUCUUCACUGCCACCAGUAAAGCUCUACCACCAUGUGUAAAUGCUAGAGUGUUAUGGAAAAGAAUGGCCAAGUUUGACAUGAUUUUACGGGUCAUCUUUUCGACUGUUUUCGUGUUGGUUCUUCUAUCAAGUAUUUGGAAGGGUGGCGAUGCUGAAGCUAACAUCACUUUCUACGCCAAAGAACGUGGCAAAGCGUUGAAGGGAAUCAUUAAGCAGUUGAUUACAGACUAUAAGAAAUUAGGACUAGCCAAUGGCAAAAUUUCAAAUGAGUUAGCAGCUCUUGGUGGACUACAGAAUCUUCCCGCCAAUAACGGGAUGUCACCACCUCUUCAAGGGUUUGUCUCCCCUAGCAACGAUGGCAGCAAGCAGCCUGUGCCUUCUGACCAAUCAUCAAUAGGGAUGUCAGUUGUACAGAACUUCACGGCUGCACAAGGAACCAUACCAAUGGAUGGAGGUUUCACACAGUGGACAGAAUGGUCCAAGUGUCCUGUGUCAUGUGGUAGAACAGCACUACGGUCACGUGAACGAUACUGCACCAAUCCAGCACCAGCAAAUGGAGGCAAGAAUUGCGAAGGACCAAGAUUUCAGUUGAAGCUUUGCAAGAUGAAAGAGUGUCCUACUGAAGGUCGUUAUACUGAGUGGUCUGCUUGGAGUAAGUGUUCUAAUAAAUGUGGGACAGGAAUAAAGCACAGAUACAGAUACUGCACCAAUCCUGCCCCAGGUAAUGGCGGAAGCAGGUGCUCUGGGAAACGAAAACAGGUAGCGAAAUGCCACGGCAAAAUGUGUAAUGAUCAAAAUUCAGUCGUGGACAUCGACCCUCAAACAGUUUGUGGGUAUGACCCGUGCAGUGUGGCCAAAUGUAUCACGAUGCCAUACGCUACUUGUGUCAGUGACUUCAAGUGUAAGCCAGUAUUCUUUGACUCUGAGGAGAAAAGAGUUGACUCUUGUAAAGGUACAGAGCUCUACCUGACCAUUAACCCUGAUUCAGUCUGCCGGUUCAACCCCUGCAAGUACACCACAUGUAUGACUUCAACACCAGCCAAAUGCGUUGUGGACACCAAGUGUCAACCAGUUUUCCUGAACGCUUUUGGCAAAAGAAUGAGUUGCAAAGGUAUAGUGAAGACU